GGGGAUGGAAGUGGGCAGGACCUAAGUUAUUGGGCAGCAUUAGAGGUGUGUCCAGCACUGGCCAUGGCCUCGUCCACUGAGUACACUGACCUGGGCCAGGAAUUGGCUUGUAGGACGGAGGCAUUGGAGUCAGUCUUCAGUUUCCAAUGCAGGUUUCCUUGCAAGAACUUCAUUUCCACACUGGUAGGUUUCCUUGCAAGAACUUCAUUUCCACACUAGUCGGGUACUUGCAAUGGGGGACCCUUCCCCUGCCCUCCCAGAUCUGGGUCUGAUCGCAGAAAAGAUCACCCUGUUGAGAUACAUUGAUUAUUCUCUGCUCCCGUCCCUCCUGGAACUGGUUUCCCCUUGUUCCCACAGGCCAGGUCCAUCCUCCUUCCAUCACCUAAAAUUCUUUGUGCAAUUAGCCCAGGAUUAAAAAAAAAAAAUGGCUGUGAUGUUAAGAGGCCUGGGAAUAUGAGCACCCCUCCCUGGGAGCCUCAGGUGGUCAUGGGCACCUCUUGCUGGGUCAGAAGCAACAGUGUACCCCCCACUCCCUCCCCCCUCUCCCUACUCCCCCUCCGCUCCCCAAGACUCCCUGUAGCAGCUCUUCCUAAUGAAAUGCUCACUUGACCAAGCCAGUGGUCCACAUAGAACCUGAAAGUCAGUCUCCUAUAAACCACUCCUUCUCCUGUCCUGGAUCUCAGUUCACAGGCAACCCUCAGAACAUUUUCCAACUUCCCCAGCUAAAAUGUCACAGGCACACGUCUUAGGCCCUCCCAGCUUCCGGACUCUUUCCUCCCGAAGCCACAUCCACAUCGAUGCCUGUAAUUGUAUUACUUUCCAGGUUACUUCUCCCUGUUUCCCCGCAGACUGUGGAAAACUCCACGUGGGCAGAGCUGGGUCGGUUUGGGGCACCGCGGCAUUCACAGCACAAUGCUCCGUGCUUGGCGCGUGUAUAGUAGGUGCUCAGUCAACAUUUGCUGAAUACCUAAAAUGGAUCGUGGAGCUUCACAGAUGUUGAGUUUGGAUUUUCAAAGUCCCUCCUAGAGACAGAGCUCCGUGCAGCUGAACCUGGACCGGCUCCGAAGAGGCGGAGGAUGUGAGUGAGGAAGCCCCGCUGAGGGACCGCUCCCACAUCGAGAGGACUCUGAUGCUGAAUGAGGACAAGCCAGCUGAUGACUUCUCUGCGGUGCUGCAGCGGCUUCGAAAGAUCUACCACUCGUCCAUCAAGCCCCUGGAGCAGUCUUACAAAUACAAUGAGCUUCGGCAGCACGAGAUCACAGAUGGGGAGAUCACAUCCAAGCCGAUGGUCUUGUUCCUGGGGCCAUGGAGUGUUGGCAAAUCCACCAUGAUCAACUACCUCCUUGGCUUGGAAAACACUCGCUACCAGCUCUACACAGGCGCCGAGCCCACCACCUCGGAGUUCACGGUCCUCAUGCACGGGCCCAAGCUGAAGACCAUCGAGGGCAUCGUCAUGGCUGCUGACAGUGCCCGGUCCUUCUCGCCCCUCGAGAAGUUUGGCCAGAAUUUCCUGGAGAAGCUGAUCGGCAUGGAGGUUCCCCACAAGCUCCUGGAGCGGGUCACAUUUGUGGAUACACCAGGCAUCAUUGAGAACCGCAAGCAGCAAGAAAGAGGCUACCCCUUCAACGACGUGUGCCAGUGGUUCAUCGACAGAGCGGACCUCAUCUUCGUCGUCUUCGACCCCACCAAGCUGGACGUGGGUCUGGAGCUGGAGAUGCUCUUCCGCCAGCUGAAGGGGCGCGAGUCCCAGAUAAGGAUCAUCCUGAACAAGGCUGACAACCUCGCCACGCAGAUGCUCAUGAGGGUGUACGGGGCCCUCUUCUGGAGCCUGGCCCCGCUCAUCAACGUCACAGAGCCUCCACGGGUGUACGUCAGCUCCUUCUGGCCCUACGACUACAAGCCCGACACCCACCGGGACCUGUUUCUCAGGGAAGAGAUCUCACUCCUGGAGGACCUGAACCAGGUGAUCGAGAACAGGCUGGAGAACAAGAUCGCCUUCAUCCGCCAGCAUGCCAUCCGGGUCCGCAUUCACGCCCUCCUGGUGGACCGCUACCUGCAGACGUACAAGGAGAAGAUGACCUUUUUCAGUGACGGGGAGCUGGUCUUUAAGGACAUCGUGGAAGACCCUGAUAAAUUCUACAUCUUCAAGACCAUCCUGGCCAAGACCAACGUCAGCAAGUUUGACCUUCCCCACCGCGAGGCCUACAAGGACUUCUUUGGCAUCAACCCCAUCUCCAGCUUCAAGCUCCUGUCCCAGCAGUGCUCCUACAUGGGAGGCUGCUUUCUGGAUAAGAUUGAGCGGGCCAUCACCCAGGAGCUCCCCAGCCUCCUGGGCAGCCUCGGGCUGGGGAAGAACCCAGGUGCUCUCAACUGUGACAAGACAGGGUGUGGCGAGACCCCAAAGAACCGUUAUAAGAAACCCUAGGUGGCCGCGUUGCCAUUCUCGGGCUCCCGUCAUCUUUGGUGAAUGAGCUUGUGUCCUGACUGUCCGAGAAGUCCUGGUUUAUUAACCCUUUGAGCCACACUGGCAGGAACUGUUGCGCAUUGGAGACGGGAGUUAAUUGAGGCCAGUGGUGGGGGAAGGGGUGGGUCGAGGGGGGGAGUGGAAACUGUGAAUUAGGGCCUGCUUGUCUUGUUGCUUCAAGUAGGGGCCUGAUUGAGGCAUGUCAGGCCACCCCUGGUUUUCCAGGGUCCCCUCUCUUCGUGGGUGGGGGGACAGAGAGCAGCUAAACUCUAGUGUAAACUGAAUUAACGAGCAUCACACAGGCUAAAAGCAGCUGAAGUUCCUUUUUCCCUGAUCAGCUGAGAGGCUAGAGAAGACUUGAGUUCUGCAGGGCUGUCUGCUCCGUGCACGUGGCUGCCUUCCACACAGUCUUCUGUCUGUCCCCAGCCCUUGUCUGCCUCCUGAGCUUGGGUUGGCUUCACAGGAGACGAUCUCUUGGGUCUCAAUCAACCUGGGUGUUGCGCCUACCCCCAGGCCCUCUCCCCUGUUUCUGCAAGGGGCAGGGAACGGUUUGGGAUACCAGGAUGCUGAGAGAAAACAAGCGCUCCCCAGGCCAGUUCUCUGGCACCUUCUAAGCCAGCCAGAAGCUCGGUCUCUUUCUCGGCCCCAGGAGGAGGGUGAAUGUUCCAUGUGUUCAGGUCAUUUCCUUGUUGAAAGUGACUUCAGUGAGAGUCCCGGCAGGGCUCAGAGGGUUAAUCGGUUUGCAGUGUGUCUUUGUCUAUUGCAUGUCUUGGAAAACUCAGACCCCAAAGGCUUUGGGUUUCAGAGGGGACAGUGGAGAGCUUGCUCCUGCUGUUGCCACAGUUUCUCCAUGGAGACACUCAGCACAGGAGUCGUUCCUUCCUGGUUUUCAUCACACGGCUUUUCCUUUCGCUUCUCCAUUCCCUGAUGCAUCAAUGCUUGAAACUCGGCGUAAUUUCUGGGGAGUCAGAAGCAGCACCAGCCACUCGGUGCCACUGGCAACCCAGGCCUGACUGUCAGUUUCCCACCUGAACUUGAUGCUGAUGCCCACUGAGCGCAUAGCAGGGGCGCCUGGCCUUCCAGUACCAAUGAGUGUGAAUGUGUGUGUGUUAUGUUGUCCAAGAGAGAUUAGGGAGAUGACAGAUGCCCGAGGGCACAGAGGAGGAGCAAGCGGUGAGAGUCCUGCCUGCCUGGUAUGCCCCCUCAGAGGGCAGGAGGGGACGGAGGGACAGGGCAUGGAGGGGAGAACAUGGAGGGGACAAGCCUUUUGAUAGAUGGAUGGGUGACGAAUCUAAGUCUAGGGGACCCGGCCUGGCUGCCCCUUCUCCCCCAGCCCAGGGCCUCCUUCUGUCUGUCCUGGGAGUGAACUGUCUUGGGGGACUUCCCCAAGAGGCCUCGUCGGCACCAGAGAGGGUCUCCUAGACCCAAGGGAAAGCCAAGACAAAGGCAGAGGGAGAAGUGCCAUGAGGGUCAGGCAGAGGAAACAAACUGGCACAUUGAUGACCACGUUAGACUCAUAGAGAUCUGCAGUCUGGAAUUCCUUGAGUUUCUUGAAAUUAUCAGCACUCUGGCAUGUGCUGCCUCAGAGGCUGCUUCUUCUGGCUCCUUUGGAGGAUCUAGAACCUCCCACAAGAAGGCCAGAGGCCCCACCGCCUCUGGGACAUGUUUCUAAGGACAGAGUCGACCAGAGAAGACAAGUCUGCAGAGGCAUCCAAGGAACCUGGUGACCACACCCGGGGAGCUGCUUCCUUCUUAUUCAAAACCAGCCCUGGCCUCAUCUCGCCAUCCUUUACACUCUCAAGGGGCUACCCUCCCACCUUGCUCCUUAAUGCCCCUCCGCCCCCUCGGCUACUUUGGGCAUUUCUGUUUUCCCAGCGCAGAAGGGGAAGAAAAAGUGCAGAACUGGGCAUCGUCGUAGCUGCCGAGGUCAGCACUGCUUUGGGAGCAGCAGCUGGAAUGAGAUGAACACAUUCAUACGGUAUUUAUAUUUCUGGGGGUGCAUGUGACAUCAUCAGGGAUCUUUCCCCCCUUUUCCUUUCUCCAUUCAGCUUCUUUUUCUCAUUCCUUUUCUUCCGCUGUUCACCCCUUGACUUCCCUUCUCUCUAACUUCCUGCAGGCUUGUCUGCCAGCCAGGGCUUUGAGCGCUAUUUGGUGCCCUGCUCUGUGGAGGUGGAUUUCGAGCAGAAUUCUGACUCUUUGGGUGGGGGAGGGGGAUCGUGGGGAACCGGGUGGGGAGUCAGGAAUCCCCUAGGAGGAGUAUCUGUGAACGUUUAUGCCUGAACAGUUGCUGUUUCUCUCCAAAGCAGAAUCUUUCCAGUGCUCUUUCCGUUCUGAGUUCAUCAGGGAGAAACUCUCAAUAAAGUUCCCAUCUCUCUUUAACACCUC